UGGGGAAUGUGAGUAUGGAUUGAUGUGGUGAAAGGCAGUUUGGUAGAGAGGAUUUAUGAAAAACAAGAGAGAAAGUUAUGCAAAUGAGCACUAAGUCGAGGAGUAUUUUAAACAAAAGCAAACCUUCUACAUCACCUAAAGCUUCUGAAUUUUCAGGAUAUAAAAAGGUAGAUCUUGUCAAAUCAAAAUGAAAAUUUCCUAAGACAAAGAGGAAUACUUUUACCACAACGAUGAAUAAAGAGAAAAGCAUAACUCAAGUUCUUGCUAAAGAAUAUGAAGGAGCAAAGGCAUCCAUUCGUAGAAAAGAGAAGCGUCAUAUUAGCAAAAAGUCAUACGAGCAAUUCCUGAGAAGACGCGAGGAUAGGCAACUGCAAACACUUUGUAAGAGGCUCAAUGAUCAAGGCAGCUUCAUGCUCUAUGCGUGCGACUAAAUUGCUUACAAGGAUAAUGUUCUUCCCUGGAUGAGAAGGGUAGAGGGCAUGGAAUUCAAUUAAGGAGAUAGGAAAGAGAGUAAAUAAUGGCUUUUAAAUGCUGAUAACAAAAGCAUUAAAGAGCCAAAAGUUUGCUAGAUAGAUAUAAAUGCUCCUUUAUUAUUUAUAAUAUACUCUUAUAUUC